AUGGGAGUGAGUAUUUUGGCCUCUUGGAGGCAUCCCAAUGUGGUUGUCAUGGCCCCAGCUCUGACAGAAGCUGGCCAGUCACGAAAUUUUAAGCCUUCAUCUUCCUCAACAUUCAAGAAUCUCAAUGAUAGUUGUUUGAUAUCUUCUGCUAUAUUGUUUUCUAACACGGAGCAUUCUGAUUUUUUGAAGCUCUUACCUCUAAAAAUAAAAGAAAACCAAACUGUCAAUGGUUUUUUGAAAAAAUUUGAUGUUAAAAUUUGUAAAUCACCAGAAAGUCAGAACAAAGGUAAUGGUGUUUUAAAGAAGCAUGCUGUAAAAGCUUCAGAUAUUAAUUGGAAUUUAUUAAAUAAUAAAACUGAGGAGAUCACUGUAGAGAAUUUGAGAAUGUACAAUAGUGCCCCUAUGGGGGACCAGUAUGAGAAAAUGGGUUUAUUAAAGUCAAGUACUCCAAAUUCUUUACUAGAUGAACAAGGAGAAUUUAUGGGGUUUUUAAAAACAGUUAAUCAAAAUGCAGAAACAAACAAUUUUAUGAAAGAAAAAUCACUGUCAAAUGAUAUGGAUCAAUUAUUUAAAAAUUUUACAUCUGCAAUCGCAUGCACCGACUUAUCACCAGGAGAUUUUCCUCCACCAAAUGUAGAGGAAUUACUGCAAGUAAUUAAAAAUAUGGAAAACACUUGUGAAAGUAGUGAUACAGCUUUAGAUGCUCCCACGGACAGUGUAGAGCCGGAAGGAAUGUUUCCCUUGUCAGGAACGGAUUUAGCAUCAUUUGAAAGGGAGUUAUUAGAUGAUAUGAUGACCAAUUUUGAUGAAAAUCUUCCUGAUUCUGGUUUGGAUAUGAAAGAAUCAUUAACAAAGGAAAAAUUAGAUGAUGUAAAUAAAAGACAAUUUGAAAUAGAAAGGAAAUGUGAAAGGCUUCUUAGAAGGCUGAAAAAAUUGCAAGCUCGAUGUGUGGGAAAGCAUGCGGGAGAGGAGUUAACCGGUUUGUUUGAACAUGUGCAUCAUUUAACGAGACAAGAAUUUCAGGGCGCUCUUUCCUUAAAAAAUGAUGAACAAAAAGACAACAGGAAUAAAGGAGUUACUGAAUUAGCUUUAUCAACUCUUGUUAAUAGAUUAUCUAUAUCUUCUCUUAAUCAAGCAUCUGGUCUGACAAAAGGGAACAGAGCUUUAUGGCGAUGGUCUCAAGAUCGUGCGGAAGUUGCUAGUCGGUGGACGUGGCUUCAAGCCCAAAUAUCUGAUUUGGAGUAUAAAAUACGUCAACACACCGAAUACCACAGGCAAAUUCGGGCCGGGAAAGGUCCUGUGGUUCUCGUGGACGAGGACACGCAACGCGCACAACAACAGCGAACUACUCCUCCAGUGUCAGUGAAUGGUUACCGCGGGUCUUUGCCAGGAAACGUAUCCGUUGGCUCGAAACAAAACGAUGAAACAUUAAACGGAACUAUACCCUUUCCAAAUAAUAAUAAUAUUAAUAAUAAUAAUAAUAAUAAUAACUGUGAUUCUAUGUCGGCAUGUCGGACACGUCCUUUCGAUAAAAGUGCUUAUAGAAAAAGGAAAUUAUUGCGUACAAAUGGUUUGCAUCUAAUAUCUAAAAAAGCAGCAAGGCCCUCGUCGAUUAGAUGCGAAUGUCGGCCUCCGCUGUCGUGCGCUUUGUGCACAGGAAGAGCGGAUCCUACACGACCCGUACGAUUUGAACCUUUCAACGUGGCCGAAAAAAUAGCAUCCGUAGAUUUUUCUUUUCAUCCCGUACUUUCAUUUCCCAGCGAUACCUCACUUACUGUGCACCUGGAUGCUAUUAUGAGGCUUCACGAAUGGCAAGUGAAAGCAAAUCGAUACAAUGUAAAAUUAAAAUUUAACAAAUAUACAACAAACAAAGACAAAGACUCUAGCUUAGAAAAGAGGCAAAGGCUGAAGAAAAAAUUAAAACUCUCGGAACAUAAAAAUCUGAGGAAAAUUCGUAAACAAACGCCGACUUUGUUGUCGCCGAAACUAAACAAAAAGUGGUCUGCCAACCAGAGAAAACGAAGGGACUUAACAAAUACUGAGAACUUGCCUUUGUCUCUCCUGAAAUUCAAAAAAAUUAGAAAACAUUCUUUAAGGUCUAAUUUAGACGGUGAUAGCGAAGAAGAUGGCGAAAUGUCUGUGAAAAUCGUCUCAGGUGAUAGAGAUGGAAGGAGUAGUAGGAGGGGAGCGUCGCCCGAGUCGUCUUUUCCCGGUCCCUUUUUGUCGUCCAAAGACAAAAAUGAUAAAAGGGAAAGGGAUAGAAGUGAGGAUGGUAGGAAAAGAAGGGAAGAUGAUUCCUACGACAUAGAUAAUAUUGUCAUACCCUAUAGUAUGGCCGCUGUGAAAAAAAGGCAUAGUCGAUGUGAGGAAUCGGAAAAGAAAAAAUUUAUGAGUUAUAUUAAGUUACCAUUUGCCAUUCGAUCGCGAGCCAAUAGAAGGACUGAUAGUCGCGCAGAAAGCAGUGGUGCUAAUACUCCAGAUCGUUUGUCCCCAUUGAAUCCUGAUCAUCCUGAAACGGGAAGUACCAUGUCUCCAUUAACGACACCGCCUUCCACUCCUCUCAGUGUCUUAGAUGAACAAUAUCAGUCGUGUAACGUUCGGAGACGAACGACUUCAAGUUCCCGUUUGUCUUUGAGAGAGAAAUUGGAGAGGGCGUCAACGGAUAAGGAUAGAGAAGACCGGUGUUCUACAUCAGAUUUGGAAGAUGAGGUUUUGCCUUACGAACCUCGAAUUUAUCCAUUAUCUGAUAAGGUAUAUAAAGAAAUGAUAAAAGGUAUGCCUCAAGAUCAUGCCACGUUCAUGUCAAUUCAACAUUCGCCACCGAAAACCUUCGUGGAUCACAGAACGCCUGAAUCCCCCAGUACAAGUUCAACAAUAUCUGCCGUUGAAGAAGAUCCAAAUGAUCCCGAAUGGACGGUAGUCAAUGGCAGAGACGUAAAAGAAGAUGUAGAUUGUAGAACAAGAAGUAAAAGGUAG